UACAUUACGUCUAAAAUUUUCAAGCUAAGCAUUAGUGACAGGUUCAAAACAGUCUCAAAGCCCCGUAUUAGAUACCUGGUAGGUUCCAUUCCUCAGUGACGCAGAAAGCCCGAGAAAAAUGAACCAUACUAAUAACACCCAGCAAUCCAACGAUGCUAGGCACGACGAUGAUGCAGCUCUCACUGAAUUCCUCUCUUCCUUAAUGGAUUACACUCCCACUAUACCCGAUGAAUUGGUGGAGCAUUACCUAGCUAAGAGUGGGUUUCAAUGUCCUGAUGUUCGAUUAAUUAGAUUAGUAGCUGUUGCUACUCAGAAGUUCGUUGCAGAGGUUGCAGGCGAUGCACUGUUGCAAUGCAGGGCUCGUCAAUCAGCAGUAGUCAAAGACAAAAGAGAGAAGCAGCAAAAGGAUAAGCGCCCAAUCUUGACCAUGGAGGACCUGUCCAAGGCUCUGCGUGAUUACGGCGUGAAUGUGAAGCACCAGGAGUAUUUUGCUGAUAGCCCAUCAACCGGAAUGGAUCCUGCUUCAAGAGAUGAGUAACCUGGCUUGGAUUUACAAGUUUUUUGCAUUUGUUUACAUGUUAAGUCGUUAUACAUUCUUGUUUGUACAACACAUCGCCUUUCUGUAGUCUGAUAGUUUUCAUUUAAAGAUUUAUUAUGAUAUAUAUUUGAUGUCUA